AAAGAAAAAAAUGUUCGUGACAGUAAGCUUUGGCAAAAAAAAGAUUACCUACAUCUUGCUCAUAGAGUUAAUUUUCUAAAAAUACAAACAAACAAUCAAUAUAUACACUCAAAUACGAGAUUGCUCAUAGAAAUGAUUUAAGUAAAUACCAUUAAACGUAGUUUCCACACUGGAACUACGUGUGUAAGUAACAAAAAAAAUAAAUAUAAAAAAAUGAACGGUAACAAAUAAAAUAUGACAAAAAGAAACGUCUUUGAAGGUACUUAUUAUGCGAAAAGUUCUCGCAAGACUAACCCCGUAGGCAAUCCCAAUCAAAGUCACAAUAAUAAUAAAUACAACGAAAAAUAUAAGGAAUCUGAAACUGAACCGAAAAAAAUCGUGAAAACAAUAAAGAUGUAUGCCGAAAUGGCGAUCAAUUACUUGUACUUACCAUACAACAAAACUAACUAUUUAGCAAUUAUGUUAGUCCUAGUAGUUCUCGUUUUCAGCUUACUUCUACCAGACAUAUCGCAGAAGUUACAUAAGAACAGUGAACUCAAAGCUAUUAAGAAUGUUCUGGAUCAUAUGCAGGAAGAGGUGAAACGUGCAGAGGUAGCUUGCCUGACUGCAAACGAAGAGAUGGGCAACCUACACCACGCUCUUUGCGAUGAAGGGACAGAAACGUCUGAUUUCAGAAGGAAGAAACUCGCAACCUUUCCGUUAACACCAGCCGGGGAUUACUUCCAACACAAUCUGAUCCGGGAAAAGUGGAAAAAGGAGUUGGAUACUAUAGUAGAUUCUUCGGUUUCAGUUCAAGCCCAUCAAAAAAGGAAAUUACCCUCAUGUCUGUCGUGUACACCGACUCGUUCGAUUCUAAAAAAAGGAGAUGAUGUUGUAGCCUAAAAUAAUGUAGCAUAAAAUAUAUUAUUCAAUUCAA